GACCCGAAGGAAAAGGCAAAGUCGGAGACAAGGGAUUGGUUAAACAAUGUGGUUGGAGAGUUGGAAUCCCAGAUCGAUAAUUUUGAAGCUGAGAUUGAGGGUCUAUCAGUUAAAAAAGGGAAGACAAGGCCGCCCAGAUUGAUACAUCUAGAGACAUCCAUCACUAGACACAAGUCCCAUAUAAAGAAGUUAGAGGGGAUCUUGAGGCUCCUGGACAAUGAUGAAUUGAGUCCAGAGCAGGUCAAUGAUGUCAAAGACUUCUUGGAGGAUUAUGUAGAGCGUAAUCAGGUUCUUGUUACUCCAGAUCUGGUUGUUUCUUCACUAUCGUUAUUGUAUGAUGUAAUGUUUAUAUAGCCUGUGCA